ACGAAACUUAGCUUUACUAAAUCAAAUAUUGGUGGGAUUGUAAUGUCAUCAUUAGUACUUUAUAACUCACUUCAUUUUUCUCACAAGAAACUCAUCACAAUUUUCCAAAACCAAAAAUUAAAAAAAAUCAAAGAUGAAGAAUACUAUUGGAAGUAGCACAAAGUUAAUACUUCUUCAUCCUUAUAUACAAAAACAGGGGAGUUCGAAUCGGUUUUGGACGUUGGCUUUUAUUUCUAUCUUAACACUUGCUUUUCUUCUUACUCUGAUAUAUACGAGGGAGUCGAAAAUCACGACCUCUAUAGCUGUUGCAUCUACAAUUACUAGUACAAGUACACCACCAUUGUCAAAGGCUGUGGCUAGGGCACUUGUUCAUUAUGCAUCGAAUUCGAAUAACACAGAACAUAUGUCUUACACUGAUAUCAAACAUAUUGCUGAUGUUCUCCAAAAAUGUUCUCAGCCUUGCAAUUUACUUGUUUUUGGACUUACACACGAGACUCUUCUAUGGAAAGCCCUGAAUCACAAUGGGAGAACGGUUUUCAUCGAUGAAAAUCGAUAUUAUGCAGCUUACAUUGAGGAAAAAUAUCCGGAAAUUGAAGCUUAUGACGUGCAGUACACAACUAAAUUGAGCGAAAUGAAGGAGUUGAUUGCUGGAGUGAAGGAACAAGUCCGAAACGAAUGCAAGCCCGUGCAGAAUUUGCUGUUUUCGGAGUGCAAACUGGGGCUAAAUGACUUGCCAAAUCAAUUUUAUGAAGUGGAUUGGGAUGUUAUUUUGAUUGAUGGUCCAAGAGGGUAUUGGCCUGAGGCACCAGGACGAAUGUCAGCUAUUUUCACUGCUAGCGUAUUGGCGCGGAGCAAGAAAGGGGGAAAUCCAAAGACGCAUAUUUUCGUGCAUGAUUUUCAUCAACAAGUGGAUAGAAUUACGAGCGAUGAGUUCUUAUGCAAAGAGAAUCUGGUGAAAUCAAUGGACAUGUUGGGGCAUUUUGUGUUGGAGAGAAUGGAUGCGAACAACUUUCAAUUCUGUCGCAACCAUAACUCAACAACAGCAAAUUCAUCUUCUUAGCACAUUUUUAUGUUGUUAUAUGAUCUAUCGGGCUUUAUUUCCUGUUUCAUUUUAUUAUUUAACACAUGUUGCAGAUUUUUGGACUUGUUAUAUGCUAGGGAAGGAGGGGCAGUGUAAAAAAUAACUUCUCUUUUGGUAUAUUGUAAAAUGUAUUCUUCUACAUUUUGAAUGAAAAAGGCAACUGUUUUUUGUCAAAAA